GCCUCUCGCCGGCCAUGUCGCAGGGCGUGUCCGCCGCCGAUGCGGCGCGGCUGCUGCUGCUGCCCUUCACCUUCCUCCUCUCGCUCCUCACCUCGCCCGCGCGGCGUCUCCUCCUCGCGCUCCUCUCGCUCGGGCCCAUCCCGCGGCACAUUGCGUUCAUCAUGGAUGGCAAUCGUCGUUGGGCCACCUCGCAGCCCAUCCCGCUCCCCGUGCGCGCAGGACACAUCAGCGGCUUCUCCGCACUCAAGACGGUGCUCGAGGCGUGUCUCGAGCUGCGUGGUCUCGACACGGUGACGGUGUACGCAUUCGCCAUCGACAAUUUCAAGCGCAGCGAAGAGGAGGUGCAGGCACUCAUGGGCCUCGCGAAGCGCAACCUCAUGGAGCUGGCCGGGCACGGCGAGCUGCUGGCGCGCCACUCGGUGCGCCUGCGCAUCGUCGGGCGCCGCAAACUGCUGCCGCCCGACGUGCGUGCUGCCGUGGAACGAGUGGAGGAAGUCACUCGGCGCAACCAUCGCGCCACGCUCAACGUGUGCAUUCCGUAUGCGUCGCGCGACGAGAUGGCAGGGGCGGUGAGGGAGCUGGUGGCGGACACGCUGUCGAGCAAGGCAGAGGCGGAGGAGGCAGAUAGAGGCAUCACGUGCGAUGCCCUCGAGGCUCGCAUGAUGCUGGCACACUCGCCGCCCGUCGAUGUGCUCGUGCGCACGUCGGGCGUGUAUCGCUUGAGCGACUUUAUGCUGUGGCAGUGCGCCGAGCACACGCACCUGCACUUCACCAAGCGCUACUGGCCGCUCUUUGGCCUGCGCGAGCUCGUGCCCAUCAUCCUCGACUACCAGCGCGCCGAGUUUCGCAGGCAGCUGUGGGAGUGGGCGCGGUAGUAAUGCGACGCCACAUGAGAGAGCAGAGCGGCGCGGCGCAGAGAGAGGGCUAGGCGUCUCAUUGGUGCGUCGCGAGAGAGUACUGUUACAUUCGCCGAGGCGCGGUGAUGGGGGUAGUGUGACGGCGGUAGGCGGCGUGGAGAAGGGAUGGGGGAAGCGCACGAGCCGGGCGCGCUUCAUGGGAGUGAAGCCGCACAGCUCUGCAACAGAAAGAGGAAGAGCGAGGCUUGGCGGCGGCGCAGGCGCGCCUCGCGAUGAGAAGAGGAAGAAUGAGGGAUGCGUGC